AUGUCAAACUUGUUAAUAGUAACUUUGACAACCUUGCUAUCCUAUGUUGUCGCAGAAGGAGAAAACACGGCAGAAAAGAAGCCGAUGGAAGUUCCUUCUGACAGUGUCAUGAUUCGACCAUUCACCAUCCAUGACUUUGUGAUGGAAAUUAUUCUUGUCAUCACCUUUCUCUUAUACGCGGCUGCUUGGUAUCAAGGAAAAUCAGCCAACUUGAAAAGAGCCAAGAUAUGGUUAGGAGGCCAACUUGAGUAUCUUCAGUCUCAAUUUGCCCUUGUAGGUGAUGGUAAAUCAGUGCUGAUGAAGGAUGGACCUGCUGAUUAUCUUUUAUAUGUCUCUGGCAGACGCCAUGUACAAUUUGGUCAUUGGUGGCUCAAGUUGAAGCCUAGAAAUGAUAUGCUGACCUAUUUCACGACACAAGUACUUUCAAUGGUUGGACAAACAAAGCCUGUGAAUGAUCGUGUGACAUUGUCAAUGGUGCUUGAUAAAGCAUUGCCUGAAAAAUUUGUAUUUGCCGUCAUCAAGAAGAGCGAAUCAGCUGAAUUAAGCAAGAAGCGAUUUGAUUUGAACCGUGUUGCCAAGCUUGGAUCAAGCAAAGCUAUUCCCGAAUCAUUGGCAGUUUAUACAGAAUCACAAAAGCUGGCUGAUUUGAUACUAUCCACUACCAGUGUAGGAAAACUCAUUUCCGAUGCAUCCGAUCGUCUCGAAUAUUUAGUUAUCUCAAGUUUGCCUGCAGAUGUACCAUACCGAUACGAGAAUGAUGAGGCCUUGACGAUUUCGCUUUCUUUUUCAAUGUCCAACAGCAACACUCUUGAUCCUCUUGUCGAGCUUGCCUGUGAACUUCCGGACGUGUUGAACGAGUUAAAGUUGACAAGUGAUAUUAGAAACCAAGUCAACAAGAACCGCGAAAGUCUGCGUAAGGAGUACGCCAAACGAUUAGCAGCUGAUAAGGCAGAAGAGGCAGCUCGUAAGAAAGCAGAGGCUAAACGCGCUGAAGAGGAAAGAAUCAAAAAGAUGAGCCCAGCUGAGCAACGUAAAUGGGAGGAAAAGGAACGUCUGCGUCAACUGAAGAAGCAGCAAAAGAAACGAAAGGUCUAA